AUGGUGGGGUUUAAGAACAGGUACAUGUUGAUGGAGGUUUAUCUCGACCCGGACAAGGAUCUUCUCGGGGAAGGAACUCCUGUCAUUCUCACGAAACUCAACCUCUCCGAAGCGAUCAAAGACAGCAUCCUCGUCAAUUUCGGCGAGUGCGGUCUCGCCUCUUGUCUCGGAUCCCUCCACGUCGCGUAUGUGAACCCGGUCACGAAGCUGUGCAUUGUGAGAUCAUCGAGAGAUGAACACAGACGAGUUUGGUCGGCGAUGACGCUGGUCAGAAGUGUCGGGAACUGUCCUGUGGUGUUUAACUUGCUCGAUAUCAGCGGUUGUAGCAGAGCGUGUAGAGACGCGGCGUUGAAGUGCGAAACGGAGAAGUUUAAUCAGUCUGGGAAAGGAUUGUCUGAAGAGGAGAUUCGAGAGAUGAAUCGGUGUUUAGACAAGCUCAAACUGUUGUAAUAACUCGAUUUUUUGUUUUCGAAUUUGACCCAUUAGUUUUCCAAAGUGUCCAAUUCUCCCCUUGUCUGUAUUAUUAUUCUAAAACUAUGAUAUUUUGUGAGAUAAUUCAAAAACUAAA